UGCGGCAGGGAGUGGGCUGGGGGCAUCUCCCGCAGCUCCCCGCAGCGAGCCACAGCCCGCAGCGAGCUCCAUGUAGGUUAGCGAGGCGGUGGGAGCCCGGCCGGGGAGGCGAGAUGGGUGCAGGGCACAGCCCGGACUCCUUUCGGUGCUGCCGGAGGCAUCCCCGACCCCCUCCCAGCCCCUGAGAGCCGCGGGAAGCGGGCUCCCCACCCUGCUCGGCUCAGCAUCCCCCGGCACCGCAGAGUCCCCGAGCCGGGCGGAGGCACGGGGAGCUCGGCCGUGCUGCAGCCGGCGGUGGAGCACUGCAGGCAGCAGAGGGCCGGGGCAGUAUCAGCGUCAUGGCCCCUGCUCCUGCUGGCCUGGCCCCUGAGGCUGUGCUGGAAGAGCCCGGAAGGUGAAAUGAUGAGCCAAGGAAGGCAGAGGAGGGAUGGCACCGGCAGAGCCCCCUCCCUGCUCUCUCCAGUCUCUCCCAGCAAGCCCCCAGGCACCAUCUGAGGGUUGGAUGUAUCCAGGGCUGCUCUGCCCCAGGAGCAUGGCGUGCUUUGUCCAAGGAUCCAGCUGGAAUAAUCUGCUCGUUUAGGAUUUCAUAGCUGUGUUCCCUAAGGCCAGGGCAGGGCUGGUUCCUGCUGAGUCCUUGGGGACAUCCAGGCCUAGGGCAGGACAUCAGCUCUGCCCCCUCCCACCCUGCACCCACCGGGACAAACGGGACCGGGGCAGGGAGCCCCGGGGCCGGGGGAGCCGAGCAGCUCCGGCAGCAGAGCUGGACCCCGCCGCAGGAGCUGCAUGAAUUAUUGACAGCGGAGCUGAACAAAAUCCUGCUGCUCCUGGCGCUGAGCCCCCGGGCGCAGGCUCGGCUGGCUCCAUCCUUCCAGCCAGAUGUGGGUGCUGGCCCAGCUGGGCGGGGGGACAGCAGCAGCAGGAGGGACAGGGCUGGCUGCGGGCUGGUCCCUGCAGUGCCGCUGCCAGCGCCGCGCUCCCCACAGAGCUGCAGGAUGGCGGAGAAGGGCAUGGACCCCGCGUGUGUCUCCAUCGCCCUGGAGGACGCGGUGUGCCACGCCGGCCCCCAGGACGCCCCGCUGCUCACCACACACUUGAAGAAGGUGGAGAACCACAUCACGGAGGCGCAGAGGUUUUCCCACCUGCCGAAACGCUCGGCUGUCAACAUCGAGUUCAUCGACCUGUCCUACUCCGUGCGGGAGGGAUCGUGGUGGAGGAAGAGAGGGUACAAGACCCUCCUCAAAUGCCUGUCGGGGAAGUUCUGCCAGCGGGAGCUCAUUGGGAUCAUGGGCCCCUCGGGAGCUGGGAAAUCCACCCUGAUGAACAUCCUGGCUGGCUACAGGGAGACCGGCAUGAAGGGGCAGAUCCUGGUGAACGGGCGGCCGCGGGACCUGCGCACCUUCCGCAAGAUGUCCUGCUACAUCAUGCAGGAUGACAUGCUCCUGCCACACCUCACCGUGCUCGAGGCCAUGAUGGUCUCUGCUAACCUGAAGCUGAGCGAGAAGCAGGAGGUGAAGAAGGAACUGGUGCACGAGAUCCUGACGGCCCUGGGGCUGCUGGAGUGCUCGUACACCCGCACCAGCUCGCUGUCGGGGGGCCAGCGCAAGCGCCUGGCCAUCGCCCUGGAGCUGGUCAACAACCCGCCCGUCAUGUUCUUCGAUGAGCCCACCAGCGGCCUGGACAGCGCCUCCUGCUUCCAGGUGGUGUCCCUGAUGCGGUCCCUGGCUCAGGGCGGGCGCACCAUCAUCUGCACCAUCCACCAGCCCAGCGCCAAGCUCUUCGAGAUGUUCGACAAGCUCUACAUCCUCAGCCAGGGCCAGUGCAUCUUCAAGGGCGUUGUGACCAACCUCAUCCCCUACCUGAAGGGCCUUGGCCUCCACUGCCCCACCUACCACAACCCCGCUGACUUCAUCAUCGAGGUGGCCUCAGGGGAGUACGGGGACCUCAACCCCGUCCUGUUCCGCGCUGUCCAGAAUGGGAUGUGCACCAUGGCUGAGAAGAAGAGCAGCCCUGACAAGGCAGAUUCAUCGUGCCCAACCUGUGGGACGGAUGUGGAUCACAUCGAGAGCCACACGUUUGCCACCAGCACCUCAACUCAGUUCUGCAUCCUCUUCAAGAGAACCUUCAUCUGCAUCCUGAGGGACACGGUGCUGACCCACCUGCGGUUCAUGUCCCACAUCUGCAUCGGGGUGCUCAUCGGGCUGCUCUACCUGCACAUCGGCAACGACGCGGGCAAGGUCUUCAACAACACCGGCUUCCUCUUCUUCUCCAUGCUCUUCCUCAUGUUCGCCGCCCUCAUGCCCACCAUCCUCACCUUCCCCCAGGAGAUGACCGUAUUCCUGAGGGAGCACUUGAACUACUGGUACAGCCUCAAAGCCUAUUACCUGGCAAAGACCAUGGCAGACGUGCCCUUCCAGGUGAUCUGCCCCAUCGCCUACUGCAGCAUCGUGUACUGGAUGACGGGCCAGCCCCCCGAGGCCACGCGCUUCCUGCUCUUCUCCGCCCUGGCCACCGCCACCGCCCUGGUGGCCCAGUCCCUCGGGCUGCUCAUCGGAGCUGCUUCCACUUCCCUGCAGGUGGCCACCUUCGUGGGACCCGUCACUGCCAUCCCCGUGCUGCUCUUCUCGGGCUUCUUCGUCAGCUUCAAGACCAUCCCCACCUACCUGCAGUGGAGCUCCUACGUCUCCUAUGUCAGGUACGGCUUCGAGGGGGUCAUCCUCACCAUCUACGCCAUGGAGCGCGAGGACCUGGAGUGCCUCGAGGACUUCUGCCCUUUCCAAAAACCCAUCAAGAUCCUGCAGGAGCUGGACGUGGAGGAGGCCAAGCUCUACCUGGACUUCCUCAUCCUGGGCAUCUUCUUCGUCAUCCUGCGGCUCCUGGCUUACCUGGUCCUCAGGUACAAGGUCAAAUCUGAGAGAUAAAGGGGCCGUGGGGCCCCGGUGCCGUUCCCGGGCCUGGCCUGCUGUGAGAGAUGUUCUGCAGAUGGACACGGUGCUCCUGCAGGUCCCGGACCGUGGCGGAGGCACUGGGAGGUGCCAGCCAGGCCUGGCUCAGUCGAGAAGGGUUUUGAGACAUCUCGGAACUGUUUUAACCUUUCCACACUCUCUUCAUUGCAAAACGUUUUGUACAGCCCUGGCAUGUGCCACCCUCCCGCCCAGGACUGAUGAGCCCCACGGAGCCUGGCUCCCCUCUUGCUGUCCCUGCCUGGUGCCACCCUGGGGACACCAGGGACAGUCCUGCCGAGGUGGUUUGUGCCCAGCAUGGCUGGGAGGAGCCUGCCCUGUGCAGGGGGAGCAGCGGGCUGGGGCUGGCUGGGAGGACAGAGGAGCUGCAGGGUUGGAAGUGCAGCUGGCGGCCCCGUUCCUUGUCCCAGCCAGCAGCGUGUGAGUCAGGGCUGAGAAGAGCCCAAAGAUGCCAGAGGUGGAGUUGCACAAGGCUUUAGUGUUUCCUGUCACUGUAGCCACAGAGAUUGCUGCAUCCCUCUUUCCUUUCUGUGCAAAUCCUUCUUUUUCUUCCUUUUUUUCUUUUUUUCUUUGUUUUUUUUUUCCCCCACAAACCCCACUGCAUCCCAGUCUUCACGGAGGGGAAAGGGAGCCAGCAGGCAGAGAAGGACUUGGGGCUCUGUCUCAGACUCCUGCUGGGACACCAUCCUCAGAGAUGGGAUCUUCAAACCAGGGUGUGUGGGAGCAGGACAGUGUUCUCAGACCUUAGGGAGUCUCACAUUCAGUCCCUGUUGUCUCUGGGGUCUGAGGCAAGGGGGUCUGAACCAAAUCAACCAUCACGGACAGAAGUGACUGUUCCCUCACGUGGAGCAAGGAGGAUUUUGGCUCCCACACCCUGCCAGCGCCAGGAGGCUGAAAACCAGGGCUGGGCUCGGCUGUGUCAUCACUGGAGCCUCUGCUGCAGGAGGAGAGCUGGCCCUGAGCCCUUCCCCUGCGAGCUCUCUUCCCCCAGCACCACCGGGGCUGUCUCAGCAGGACAGGGCGGAUGAGCCUCACUCAGCACCGACCGCGCAAGGAGGGGAUGCCAAGGACACCCGGCCUGUCACAGUGCCAGCCCCCAGGGUGACACUGUGCAGAAGGGGGUCCCAGCAGGGCCUGAACUGGAAACCAGGUGAGAUCCCAGAGAGGUUUGUUUGCAGCGGGUGGCCCGGACACUGGGAAGGCUUUUGCACUUUGUGACUGGUACCAGCAGAAGGUCCCUUUGGGCUCUGGUGGCUGCUCCAGUCGCACACCUUGCAGAGGGAAGGCAAUUCAGCACCUUGCUGGCUCUCCAGAGGAACUGAGCUGAGCCCAGAGCUGGUGGGGCAUCUGCACAUGCUGCUGUGCUGGGAACACAGCACCCUGCUUGCCUGCACAGCACAGGCUCCGUGGGUGUGCUGGCACUGCUGGCACCGCUGCACUUGUCACAGACACGGGAACCUGCCGGUUUUUGGCGAGCAAGGACGUGGGGGAGGCAGGCGUGCCCCAGCCUGGCAGGCUGGGCCUGGCUCAGGUCAGCCUGGGGGAUCCUGCUCCUGGCACUCUGAGCAGCCAGGGACUGCAGGGUGAGUGCCAGAUUCCAGCAGAAUCCUGGAGUCUGACCUUUGGUUGUGCUGGCUUGGGCUGGGGCUGCACAGCAGAGUCUGGCUGGCCUGACACUGAUGCUGGGCACUCAGCAAAGCUGAGUUUCCCCUGCCUGGAGAGCACUGAGGAAUGUUUGGCCAUGCACAGAGGGUCUGGAAGAAGGACACGCCCUGCUGCCCUUUCCAUGCUGAGCAUCGGGGUUUUCCCCAGGGGCUGCUGUCUGACUUUUCACUAUCCCUCACAAAAUUCCCCUCUGCUCCUGGAUCUCCCUCCAGUGCCGUGCUCUGCAGUGGAGCUGUUCCAGCUGCAGUGCUGCCAACAGGGGCAGGGAGGAGUAGGGGACAGUCCCUGUGCCUGCACAAGGUGCAUGGAUGGGCAGGGAGCGGGGGGAUGUGGGGCUGUCACCCUUCUCCAUCUCCUUGUCCCUGGAGCUGAUGGGACUGAUGCCCUGCUCCUGUCCUGCUCUUGGGCUGGGACUACUUAAGCCUGGCCCAGCACAGAGCGUGCUCUGCUGGGCUGAGGUUUUUCCCUGGAUGGAUCCUGGGAUGCAGGAGCUCUCCUGUCCCCUGCACCCUGGAGGUGCUCAUGUCCCCAGCACUGUGUCCUGGACACCCCUAUGCCAUCACAGCCAGGGCCACCACCCCUUCCAGGAGGACCAGGACAAGAUGGACUAGUGUGUGGAGCAAAGGGGCUACCAGCAGGCACCAGUGACUGCCACUGCCCGUGUCCCCUACACACAGGGAAGGCUUUGUUGACCAGGCUGUGCUGCUUGCAGAGACACCCUGUGGAACAGGAUUCCCCAGCUUGGAGUGACACUGCCAGGGCAGGUGGCUCCCAAUGGUGGAUCACCCCCGGGCUGUCCAGGAGGGCUCAGCACAGCCUGUGCCUCCUGUGCCUCCUGUGCCCAUGACCUGCAGUGUCCCAGCUGAGCAGGGAUGUGGCCACUGCGGGGCAGAGGGCCAGGACAAACCCUGGAGCUGCAGGGUGGCUGUCCCCGAGCUGGGGACGGGCUCUGGGGAGUUGGGGUGCUGGGGCAGGCUGCUCGAGCCCGGGCCAGCAGGACACAAGGGAAUGUGUUGGUGUGAAGGGGCUGAUGAGUGAGGGAUGUGGCACAGGGCAGAGGCACCCUCGGUGCUGCCUGAGGAGCUGAGCCAAGGCGCCACUGUCCUUUGCCUGUCUCCAAGGACAGUCCCAGAGGUGGUGGACGGUGUAGGGAAAUUCAAGGAGAGGAAGCACAUUUGCACUGAGCCCCCAGGCUGGCGUGGCUGGGCUGAGCACCCCGGGGUUCAUUGCCUGGCUGGUCCCUGCCCUGCAGGAGCGGGGCAGGAGGGGUUUUCUCUGCCCAGGCACGGCAGAGGGACGGGGUGCAGCCACCCUGCUCCAGGGGGCCCUUGGGGAAGCAGCAAGGAUGCACUUUAUCAGAGCAGGGAAGUGGAGCCGUGGGUGCUUCUGGCUGCAGGAGCCCCACGAGAGAACGCAUGUGGAUAAUCACGAGGAGGGUGAUGGAGGAGAGCAGGCUUCUCCCCCAACACCUCCUCUCCUGCCCCUGCCUUCCCUUGUGAUGCACUUUGAGUGAUGAGGGUGGGGUCCCACCUGUGGCUCUGGCUCCCGGGGAACACCGGGUGAGCCUCAACCCACCAAAAACUGCUUCAGCCCCUUUGGCCGUGUCAGGUUCUGCCUCUCAGGGGUGCUGUGAUGGCAGACAGGCAGGCAGGGGGAUGGCCACUCACCUCCACGCAUGUCCAGGCCACCUUUGUCACACGCACAAGAAGAGCAAAUGCUUCCUCACCUGCCUGGGGUUUGCUGGAGGGGAGACUGGGCUAGGACAGGGGAUGGGGCUUCUCCCAGGGCUUCACCCCUCUCCCAAAUCAGGCAAUAAAACAGUGUUUCCUUCUCACUGUGUGUGGACACCAUUUGUGCUGUCCCUCUGCCACGGGCAGCCUGUGGCUGUUUGGGAUCUCUGUGUCCCUGCCACGCUGGGCCCUGUGGUUUUCCAGCCCUCACCGUGUCCACACCCGCAGAGAGGGCUGGACAGGGGGGGCACGUGUGAUCUGGGGGGCACCACGCAGAGAAGUGCAGGCAUUGAAACUCACAUUUCCACAAGACCACAGGUGCGAGCUGCUUUCUCCCUGGGACAGCUUGCCAACAAAAGAUGCAGGUACCAGCUGAGAGACCGGGGGAGUCUGCUGGCACAGCUCUGUUGUGGCAGCUGCUCCGGGUAGAGUUUGCCCAGGUCUUUCUGCCUUGCUGGGAGGAGGCUGUGAAGCAGGACCAGGGCGCUGCUGCCCACAGCUGCAGCCUGGCAGGAACCAGGCAGGGCGGAGGUGAGGCCCUGGGCUCUCCAGGCUGGGCUGCACACGCAGGUAAGUGCCCCGCAGGGACGGGGUGCCAGGUGCCAGCUUGCUGUGGCACUCACCAGUGCCCAGGGGGGCCCGGGAGCUGUUGGGCAGGAGGAGAUGUUGCAGUUUGUGUCGGUGUUUCCGAGAUGCCAGCUGUACUUGUUGGAUUUCACACAUCAAUAAAACUUAUAUUUAUAGUGUACUGCCUGGAUGUGCCCCUUUCCUGAGAGGGGCACACGUGUGAUGAAUUUGGGGUGGUGUUGAAUUUGGGGUGGCCUGGCAGCCUUACCCAGGUGUGACCCCUCGGU